UCCGGAUCCCGCACAGCCCUCCCUCCCCUCCCCAUAGCGGUGUGAGGUUGAGGAUGUGUCUCUACUACUACGGCGGAAGGGGGCUACAAGCAGUGGAUAAUGUCAGAUCCCCCCUCUCCCAUUCUACCUGACGCUCCUCUCUGGCUGCACCAGGGCUGAUCUCUGUAAGAAAUAGCAGGAACUGUGGCAGCGGCGAGAGGAAGCGGCCAAGACGCGUGGAACCUGGAAAAGUCUGGGUGCUCGGGUUUACCUCAUAGCGAGGUCCCAGCCAGCCGUCAGCACCAUGGACAGCAGCACCGUCCCCACCAACGCCAGCAAUUGCACUGAUCCCUAUACGCACUCUUCAAGUUGCUCCCCGGCACCUAGUCCCGGUUCCUGGGUCAACUUCUCCCACCUAGAUGGCAACCUGUCCGAACCAUGCGGUCCGAACCGCACCGCACUGGGCGGGAGCGACAGCUCGUGCCCUCCGACCGGCAGUCCUUCCAUGAUCACGGCCAUCACCAUCAUGGCACUCUACUCCAUCGUGUGCGUGGUGGGUCUCUUCGGAAACUUCCUGGUCAUGUAUGUGAUUGUCAGAUACACCAAAAUGAAGACUGCCACCAAUAUCUACAUUUUCAACCUUGCCCUAGCGGAUGCCUUAGCAACCAGUACCCUGCCCUUCCAGAGCGUCAAUUACCUAAUGGGCACAUGGCCAUUUGGAACCAUCCUCUGCAAGAUUGUGAUCUCCAUAGAUUACUAUAAUAUGUUCACCAGCAUCUUUACCCUCUGUACCAUGAGUGUUGAUCGCUACAUCGCAGUCUGCCAUCCUGUCAAGGCCCUGGAUUUCCGCACUCCCCGCAAUGCCAAAAUUGUCAAUGUCUGCAACUGGAUCAUCUCUUCAGCCAUUGGCUUGCCUGUAAUGUUCAUGGCAACAACAAAGUACAGGCAUGGUUCCAUAGAUUGUACACUCACAUUCUCUCACCCAACCUGGUACUGGGAAAACCUGCUGAAAAUCUGUGUUUUCAUCUUUGCCUUCAUCAUGCCCGUCCUCAUCAUCACCGUGUGCUAUGGACUGAUGAUCUUACGCCUCAAGAGUGUCCGUAUGCUCUCUGGCUCCAAAGAAAAGGACAGGAAUCUGCGAAGAAUCACCAGGAUGGUGCUGGUGGUUGUGGCUGUGUUCAUUGUCUGCUGGACUCCCAUUCACAUUUAUGUCAUCAUUAAAGCCUUGAUUACAAUCCCAGAAACUACAUUCCAGACUGUUUCCUGGCACUUCUGCAUUGCUCUAGGUUACACUAACAGCUGCCUGAACCCAGUCCUUUACGCAUUUCUGGAUGAAAACUUCAAACGAUGCUUCAGAGAGUUCUGUAUCCCAACUUCCUCUACCAUUGAGCAACAGAACUCCACUCGAAUCCGUCAGAACACCCGAGACCACCCCUCCACGGCCAAUACAGUGGAUAGGACUAACCAUCAGCUAGAAAAUCUGGAAGCAGAAACUGCUCCAUUGCCCUAGGUGGGUCUCAUGCCAUUCAGACCCUCACUGAGCUUAGAAGCCACCAUCUAUGUGGAAGCAGGUCACUGCAAGAACCUGUGGAAGACUCUAGUUUCCUAGGAAAGUGCCUGCUCCUGAGUCAUCAA